GGUUAACCUGACUAAUGAGCGGUCAAAAUUUCCCCAAUGGCCAGAUCGGGCCGGGGUUUUCCUUCAAUAUUUAUCGUCCUCCAGUGCGACCCUCUACCGGCGGGUCUGCAGCUACAUCACAGUCGUCAGCGCGUCUAAUGGCACAAAACCGAGGUGCUCUAAUCACCUGUUUUCCCACUUCCACAAACGACGGGCAGACCCGGACUGUCCAUUCCAAUCAUGGAGACAAGCUCAUGGGUAAGUGUGGGGACUCCUCGGCUGCAACCACAACGUGUUUGACCGAGACGUCUCUACAAAAGCUGGUCCAAUCCAUUCACUUCCUUACAGCUUCUCCAACGAUCCCGAAUCUAACUGUCAUUCCUACGUCCGGAGUUAUCCCAUCAAGCGCAACCGUUGCCGGUGGUGGUGUUGUCGGUUCGGGUGCCGGAAUCAGAGCAACCACUGGAGGUUUUCAACCCCAUGCUGUGUUGAACAAUUUGUUUCAAUCUCUACUUCGCGGGCAAGUACCGGUGUCGAAUACUCCUAUGAGCACAAAUCCUAGUAACAACAACACUAGCAACAUUGCUUCACUGUCAAUGCCCCCUGCAAAUGUUUCUGGAUAUCUGAACACUGUUGCACCGGCAGGCACGGGCAGCCGAUUCCCCUUCCCGUCAAAACCGUCUCCAACCCUAUCGGAUCUACCACCAUCACACAUUGUAAACUCGCACCAUCACACAAUGCCGCAUCAGCCCACUCCACCUACUCUUGUACACUCUACCAGUGUCUCCACAACGACGAGCACUGAUGUCACAAACAACACGCAUAAUUCAAACAAUCCGAACACCAGGAAUAAAAUUGGCAACAAUCUGCCACCACUGCUUGCACCUGGCUCUUCUUCAUCUUCGCGUUCCGGCUCCAAUAGGAACGCAAUGAACAGUGUAUUAGAAGCGCUCUUUAAUCCCAUCAAUCUGUCCACUGUAUCCAUCGGCUCCGGGAAGAGUGCGGGUGACCCCAAGAUACAGAAGUUGAGUUCAAUCUCCUUUCUCCGAUGGGCAUCUGCUUGCACUCGAUCCUUUCGUCGCGAUCGAGUAACUCCUAUGCCUCACACACAAGCCGACAUCGAUGCUCUUCACAGUAUGAACUGGGUGGUGGCCCCGACCGGAUUGCUGGGAAUUUACUCCGAAUCACCGUUUCUUCGUCCGGUCCUACUGCUUAGACGAGUUCAGUUCGCUACUCCAGGCACGGUGGUGACCACAAUGCCUGAUCCAGACAACAUGGUCCGGGCUCUCAGGGAGAUGGCUUUUGUGAAGGUUACCAAACUUCCCACCUUCGCCCAGAAUCCACCCCGAUCUCCCGGCGCGGUGGGCUUCACGACCGACUUCCUGUCCUACGUUUUUACACUGGACUUGGAUCGCCUCCUAGUCAAAAUUUUGUCCGCUCAACUGAAAAACGGAUCACGGCAACCCGGACCUGAAUGGCGUGUCAUUCUUCGGCUAGGUUGGGCCACAAAUGACUUCUAUGUUCCCUCGACCGUAUCACCGGAACAACGAACCCGUGUUUUCCGCGCCCUGACGAUGGAAUCUCUCCCAAGGUGCUUGAAUGUUCGGGUGGCUGGUCGAGUGGUACAACUUCCUGAUCCAAUCUUUCAUGGUGGCCAAGCACAACGUUUGGGCAAGCGAUUACGUCUGUCCAUUGAUAUCACGGAUAAGCUUCCUCUGAAACCAAACAACCCGGUUAGGAAUCGUUUUGUCGACAUCGAGUUGAACUGGCUACAUGCUCCACUGGAGGACCAAUCCGUAAUGCUGUUGGAUUUGGUAGCAACCGGUCAAAUCAGCCCCCUAUUAUGUCAUUUGAUCGGUCUUCCUCUGAUCCAGGUUACUCUGGAUCGGGCUUACACUAUCGCAGACCUUCGAACCACUUUUGACCGCAAGUAUCCAGGAGGUGCUGUACUUGAUGGGCGAGUUGUGGACGGUCUACAUGGUCCGGACAUAACUCCGUUGAUGAUGAACAUGGAUGGAAGUGCGUCUGAGAUGAGAAUUGGCGUUCAUGGUGCGUAUGAUAAUUGUAUACCACCGGCAAGGUUUUUGUCAGCAGCUAGCGUAAAGUCUGCCUUGAAAUCCAAAUUCGAAGCAUCUGUAGAUGAGGACUUGUGCAUUGCAGAUGAACACAACGAAAUUGCGGAAUAUAUUCCCAUCUGUCUUCUUUGUCCACUAACUCGGACGCGAAUCGAGCUUCCGGUACGCUCGGUUCGUUGCGAACAUCUGCAGUGCUUCGAUUUGACCUCUUACCUAACCAUCAAUCGCCGUCGCCCGCGUUGGACAUGCCCGAUCUGCAGCACACCUGCACCAUUUCGCGAUCUUCGGUUAGACGAACUGUUUCUCUCCAUUUUGGAAGAUUUGCGAAGUGCGUCGGCGACGUUUGUACAUGUUGAUCCUAAUGGUGACUGGCGCCCAGCUCCCGAAGAAGGUGCAGAUAGUCAACCGACUACUACCACAAGCGCUCAGGCUCCCCAGUCCACUCCUAUCUCUCCACCUCUGCUGAGUGGUCCUAAUCUUUCACCAGUAUCUCCUGUGCAUCCUGAAGUCACUGCGCCUACUGUUAAUGAUAGUUCACCUAAAGCCUCGGAACUUCCUACCCGCAUGAGGCCUGAACUCACAUCAGAACAGUCGGCGGCUGCAAUAACUCCUUGCAUCACCGUUACGGCUCCCGUUGAAAAGGAUGUUGAAGUGAUCAUUUUGAGCGACGACGAUGAUGAUGAUGACACCCUGAGUCCGCCUCGCAUUGCACCGCAACCGCUCGUGAGUCCCACAAAAAGUGACAGCGUAGAGCCAGCCACCGCCAAUGGUUCCCGUCCGCCGAAGCACGCGGUUCAAAACAGAGCGCCUUCUGCAGGUGAAAAAAGUAACUCGACCACAAUCCAGAUCGAUUUGACCAAUGAUGAUUCAGAUGAAUCAAUGGAUGUUUCAAGGUCAGUCAAGAGAACAACCCCUUCAGCGCCAGAUAUAGCGAUGAAAGCUGGUCUUCACUCCAGCUGUAAACCUUCCGCUGCAAGUCGUCUCAGUUCACCAUCUGGUCUGUUGGACGACGAACAACUCAAAAGCAACCCGCUCAUCGUGAUUUCUCCUCUAACCCAUCCGUUGAACGGUUUGGAUUCUCCAUUGUGUAGCGGUACUUCAGAAGCACUGACGCCGAGUGGUUCCAGUUCCACUGAUCUAGAGAAACAGCUUCCACAACCGUCCAAGACCAUCUCUUCACAUUUGAGUCGCACAUGGGCCGAGGAUCUUGCGAAGUCAACCACUAACUUGAGUGAUGGAGAUGCGUCCUAUCGUCACCUUUUUGAUAAGUUUGGUUCGUCCGAGCAUCAAGGGAGUAGCAAACAUUCUGAAAACCGUUCACGUAAAUCAAACACUACUCAGCAGCCUCGCACAAGAACUGAUUCCGGUGGAAGUACAAAGUCGCAGUGUUCUUUAAGCACGGAAAAACCCCAGACCUCAUUAUCUGCUGCACCACCAUUACCCAGUAACACACGAUCUUCCAGAACUGAAUCGUCCCGAAUCCGCCCCGUUGCAUCGUACUUGGAAAACCCAUCAGAUGAUGUGGAUUGUGUUCCAGGUCUUCAUCUCUCCGAUAUGUCAGAUGCUGAAGAAAACUUCCUGACCUCCACAACUCCGGUUUUUCCCGGACCUGUAUCGAAUUCUCGUGAGCGUCCAGGGCUGCUCAAGCAGAACCAGUCUGCUGCUCUCGCACGAUUGAUACAUCAACGUUCCAGUCGGCAAACUGCCACUCGCGGUGCAGUGUCUAACUCCAGUCGUCCUGGCCGUGGUGGUGGUACAGCGCGUCGCAUCAGGGCUGGACGCAGCCCACGAGGCUCGCGUCAAUCUACUGCAAGCAAGCGUGCGAGGAAAUAUGGUCCACAUUCAAGGCGAAGGCGUGAUGAAGAUUUCGAAGAAGAGGACGAAGAGACAGAAACUUCCGAAGAAGACUCGAUAUUCAGUUCCGAGAUGUCCUGUGUUUCGGCUUCCGAGUCUUCAGAACAGCAUUCAAACAGGUCAUCGAGCAAAGCUGACAGCGAUGAGGACAGCAUCGAUUCCGAGUCCUCUGAUGAUCGCUGGUCUCCAUCCCGUGCGAAUUCUGUACAUACAACUAAACGUGGCAAGCGUAGACUGCUCACUCGACGAUGAUGUGAGGAGCAUUUUAUCAUCUCGUUAUCUUUUCACAAGAGAUUGUCAGUUUUCUUAUAUUCAUAUGUUGCAUUUUCUCUGUCCGAAUUCAGGCGGAUUAUUCGUGUACUAUAUCAUCGCAAACCAUCCCCCAAAUCACACAUUUGUCUUUUUUUUUACCCAGACUAGGUUGACAAGUUUAUGUAGAGAGCUGACUAUUCGUGUUGUUUUGUGAAUGCGCCAUGAACCGCUCAUUCGACCUGAGCUGAGCCCAGUUAGUACCGACCUUAUCAGUCUUCUUGGUCCGCACUUCCUCCUUCCUCUUCGACAACUCCCGUCUCAGUCGGCAUUCUCCAAUUUGUACAGUCCCUUCUCAUUCCACCAACUGAUUAUUGACCUAACCAACAUUAGUAUCGCUGUUAUUACGUCUAUUGGGAACGCUGACUAGCACAUUGGUGUGGUUAAUAGUCCCCCCCCCUCUUCCAAGCCUCAAAACGUGCUGCCGCUCAGUUUGUUUGGUAACACGGAGCGUUCUGGACAUCCGUGUGCUUGUCUUUGGGCUUCGAAUUGUUUGGCCAAAAAGAGAUUUUUUGUACGUUCAUCCAACAUGUGUUUUUCUAAGAUGCUUAUGGUCUUUUAAAUCAGGUUGGUUAUUAGCAUACAGUAA